CGAGAUAUCAAAGUCCAAUCACCGAUUUCGAGUGUCAGUGGUUGACAGCGUGGGUGACUGCAAGCAAGAUGAACGUAAUUGUUGAGACAGUUGUCGUCCUCUUUCAGGUGGCCUACUUAUGGCUCCAAGCUAUAGUGCUGGCUUUCAUACCAGCAAGCUACAGAAGCAAGGAUGUGGCUGGCGAGACGGUGCUCGUCACAGGAGCAGGAAGUGGUUUAGGCAGACUGCUGUCUAUUCGAUUUGCACGCCGAGGGUGCCGGCUGAUAUUAUGGGAUGUCAACACCCAGGGGAUGGCAGAGACAGCUGAAAUGUUACGCAAACUAGGCUCCGUACCAAUUGCAUACACAGUUGAUUUGUCGAAAAAAGAGCAAAUUUACGAUACAGCAGAACAGGUCAAGAGAGAUGUUGGUGAAGUUGACAUUCUUGUGAACAAUGCUGGAAUCGUAACUGGGAAGAAGUUUCUUGAAUGUAAAGAUGAGUUGAUUCAGAAGACGAUGGAUGUCAACAUCAUGGCCCACUUCUGGACUGUCAAGUGUUUCGUUCCCGGGAUGCUGGAGAGGAACCAUGGCCAUAUUGUCAACAUUGCCAGCGCUGCUGGUAUUUCAGGGGUGAACGGUCUGGCAGAUUACUGUGCCAGCAAGUUUGCAGCAGUCGGCUUUGAUGAAUCACUACGUAUGGAAUUCUUGUCAAUGGAAAAGACUGGGGUCCACACCACAGUUAUCUGCCCCUUCUACAUCAACACGGGCAUGUUUGAGGGAGUGCAGACAAGAUUUCCCCUGCUGCUGCCCAUUCUUGACCCGGACUACGUCGCCGACUCCAUCAUCAACGGCGUGUUGACCAACACUCAUAUUGUCAUGCUUCCUCCUGCUAUUGCUUUUGUGGCAGCUUUGAAAGGAAUCAUACCAGUCAAAUGUGGGAUGAUCCUGAGCAACUUCUUCGGUGUCAACCACACCAUGGAUAACUUCAAGGGCCGACAGAAGAGGGACUGAACAGAGGGCACACUUUGUUAUUUCAGGGACAUUCAGAAAGCCUGGUCCAGACCAAUUUCAUAUUUAUUUGAGCAGAUUUUCUAGGCCAUGGAUACCUCUAGUCUCAUCUGUAAAACAUGAUGUGGUUGGGACAAAGUCAGUAGUAGAUUUUGUUCAGUCCUGGUGUUUAUGGGUAAAGCUGAGCAUCAUGUUUGAAUCAUUAUGAUCCCCAAGAGAAAUCAAAGCAAUACAAAGAGCAUUACCAUGAUUCCAAUUUCUAUUUUUUAGCACUGUUAGAACAGUUAAUAUCAAUAAGAGGACUCGCCACCUACAUUACGCCACCAAUCCAAGACACUUCUUUGAUUAUCCAGUGUAUUGUAUUCCCAAUCUUAAAAACCAUGAACCGCUUUACAUCCACAGCUUCGUUUUGAGUCUGGUUCAAAGGGCGCAAUGAUACAAACAUCCAUCCAGCCAAUUUUCUUUCACCAUUGAAAAGCGAUUUCACUACUAUGUUUGUUUGUUGUUUCACGCCACACUCAGCGAUAUUCCCGCUAUAUGACGGCGGUCCGUAAGUAAUCCAGUCUGGACCAGACAAUCCAGUGAUUGACAUCAUGAGCAUCGAUCUACACAGUUGGGAUACGAUGAUCAACCAAGUCCACGAGUCUUACCAGCUGAUCCCUUUAGUCAACUGAUCCCUUUAUUUUAACCCAGAUCUUCAUGGGUAUUCACUAUUAUGCAACUCAUAUUGUUGCAUAAGGACUUCCAUUCCACUGUCUUAGUCCUCAGGAAAAUAUCUUUUGUCCUCCUUGCUGUUUGUUUAUGACAGCCUUCUGAUUUGUUUAACAUAGGGCUGCCUCCUGUAGGGCCUUUACUUUUACAGUAGAUUGUUGUCAAACUCUUGUUGAGAUGAGGCUGUUUGUUUGUUGAUUGCUAGAUCAUGCAUGAGAGAAAUGUGAAGUUCAGUGUUCUCAGUUCAUGAUAAGAUAUGAGAUGUGGAUGGUUACACCCUGUGGGGAUUCACGGUAAGAAUAGGUCCCCAGCUACUUUUGCUGGUUGUAAGAGGCGACCAAAUGGAUCGGGAGGUCUGGCUUGAUGACUUGGGUCAUUAACACACACUAACAGAUGUUGACCUGGACGGCAUGAAUCGUUGCUCACAAUAUCAAUCACACAAUUGUCUAGUCAAGACUUGAUCAUUUACAGGCACUCUUUUAUUCAGCUGGAAUAUUGCUGAGUGCAGAACUAUAAUGGACUGGAUAAUCAAAGAUGGCUUUGACAUAGCUAGAAGAAUGUUUAGAGAGUCGUUUAAGUAAAACUGACUCAGUCAGUAUGCUUGGGCAUUUAUGAAAACUAGCCUUCUAAAUCGAAAUUCUACCAUGAAUUUGGAAAAUACUCGAUUUUGAUUGGUCAAUCAGAGGUAUCAAAUCACAAUAAACACCCUCUGAUUGAAACCGCAGUUUUGAAGGCCACAUCACUGCGAAUCUAAUGUUUUUAGAAUAGUACUUCAUUCACAGUUAUUGUCGGUUGGCAUAUUGAAAUAAUUAUAUCUUCAAUUAUAGGCUACAAAAUGCAGUGUUGCAGUUACCACAAUAUUUAAACAAUGUGUGGCAAUACAAUCCAUGCACAAAACACGAUAGAAAUGCACAGAGAGCUUGCUAUUUGGUGCUUUUCUAUAUACGACUGUGAUGUCAUAUCUUUUGCAUCACAAUGAGCGAUAUGAUGUCAAAAAGUGACAUGCGGUGAAGAAUGAAAACUUUGCAAGGCCUGCUUAGUUUUCUUUAGGGUAACCUCAGGUUAGCUUACGAAGUUGCCAUGCUAAAUGUUUCAGUGCCUGUCAUAUGUUUCUCAGUGCCUGUCAUACGUUUGAGUAAAGUAUUACAGUGUUAACAAACUGAUUGAGUAUAUAGAGUGCCAUAUUUUGUUUAAAGGCUGUUGUGGGUGAUUUUGUAAAUUCUGAUUGACAACCCACUCAAAACAAUAGACUCAACCCAUGCCUCUUCACUCAAUGUAUUUGCUAAGAUCAAAGAGUUCAUGUUUUAUUUAGCCAUGGUAGAAUGGAGACAUACACACCAGUAUUGUGUUUUCAGUGUAGAGCUAGGUUACCUGAAGGUUUAACCAUGCUAAAUUGAAUUUGGAUCCGAAUGCACAGCGUGAGGUUUCAAAUGUUAUAUUUAACAUGGUUAAAUCUUCAGGUAACCUAGCUCUACAUUGUAAACACAGUUCGUGUAUCUCCUCAUUAGUUGUCAUGUAUUUCCGGCCUCAUUGUUUCAGUGAGUGGCCAUUUGAUGGUAUUUAGAUUAUGAACUGCAUUGUGAAUUGGAAUGUUUGUGAAAUUUGCAGAACAGCUGCAACAGCUCUUGGCUUUUAAUCUCAAUUAACAUCACUUGUGUAAAAGGCGACUAUGCUUGUCGUAAGAGGCGACUAACAGUAUCGGGUGGUCAGGCUCACUGAUUUGGUUGAUGCAUGUCAUCCUAUCCCAAUUGCUUGGAUCGAUGCUCGAUCCUUGAUUGAUGUCAAUCACUGGAUUGUCUGGUCCAGAAUCGAUUAUUUACAGACCGCCGUCUUAUAGCUGGAAUAUUGCUGAGUGCUGUGUAAAACAACAAACAAACAACCAACCAACUAACAUCACUUGUUUCCAUGGCAACAAACAGUUUGAUAAGAAAGGAACAACCUUUGAAACUGUUGCUUGCAUCUUGUGAUGUUUAGAAACAGUUUUGUAUCAGUGCCUUACAUGUGAAUGGUUUCAUGGAGGACUGUUUGCAGCUAUGUUACCACAAAGUUUGCCAUUUCUCAAAACCUUGCCACUGCAUACCGGUAUUAUUUAUUUUAAAUAGCUGUAUGAAUAAAGGUACAUUCAGCAGAUGGAUUACUUGAACUAGUUUGAAAGUGGAUUAUGUUUACGCUGCUUUGAUUUUGAAUAUUUAUGGUAUGGUUUCAGAGUAGGAUGAAUAUUUUGGUUGAAGUUAUUUUAAAACAUGACACUCAUUUCAGCAUUUUGAUCCUAUAAGUGUACCUGUGCAGUACAGACUGUAUCUCACCUUAAAGGACAUUCGUUUCAACAAAGUUAUAAUUGACAGAAUGACUGUUUCUAAAACUGAAAUAUUGUGGACAUGUGUGUGAUAUGUGUACAGUGGAAAUCCUGCACACCUCUGUCAUGUAAGGAUUGUCGAUAGCCUAGUGGUUAAAGCUUUGGCUUAUGAUGCGUUCAACUCCCCACUUUGGUACAAUGGUCAGGCCCAUUUGUGGUGUCAUAAUAUGGCUGGAUUGUUCCUGAAACCACUAACUCACUGUUUAUAUUGUAUGUGAUUAUCUGGAUAUGUGAUUUUUACAAGAGUGAGCAAUUUACUGCACUGGUUAAGAUUGUUUUUUAAGUUAACCUCACUUGUGGACAAAUAUCAACACUAUUUCUACCCUGUAUGAAGUUCAGAAUAUUCGGUUCAUAUGAUCUUACCUGAAGAAGACAUGGCUCGAUUUAGCUGUAUAAAACAUGCUCAUGUGCAACCAAUUAUUGAAACUUGCAACCAAAUAUUUAUGUCUACAUGCACCAAGUGUAUGUAAAUACAAAUAAAUUUUGGUUCUGACUAGCUCUUACUUGUCCACACCAAAUCAAUCUUUGAACACACUCAAUACUCAGUAGUAUAUUUUUAACAUGGUGCAACACCAAUCCAUGUGUUAGGCUUUCUAAGUCUUGACUUCAUCGAACUAUGGGUACUUCAAGAUUAUGUAACCAUUACAUUUUACAACAAUGCGUCAUUAAUUUAUGUGACACUGGCAGCAGACCGGCCUAUGUUUCACCCUUGAUACAUUUAUGGGACCGGGUGCAACCUGGUUUUGUCUGGUGCAACUUGGUUUUCAUGUCAACAUGCACCUGGUGCAGGUUAGAUCAAAUUUCUGAAAUCGAGCCAUGGAAGACAUUGUAUAGGAUUUUUAUGUUAAACAGGUUAAUAUGUAUUUUGCUAUUUGGUCACUGAUUACUUAGAAGCAGUUCUUUGUGGUAAAUGCUAUGCGUCCAGGUAGGUCCAGUCUCACUGUGCAGGUUCACUUGCAUAACCUCAAACAUGUCUAUAAACAGCUGUUGGUGUCUGUCUGUAAGCAGGGAUCCCUGAAAGUACUCCGGUCAUUAAGACAUAUGUUCGUGUCUGUUAAUAGGGGCCCUGUCAACAGCUGUUGAUGUAUAUUAAUACAGGUCCUGUUAAUAAGGGUCCUGUUAAUAGUGGUCCUGUUAAUAGGGGCCCUGUCCACAGCUGUUGAUACAUGUUAAUAAGGGUCCUGUCAACAGUUGUUGAUGUAUGUUAAUAGUGGUCCUGUUAAUAAGGGUCCUGUUAAUAGUGAUCCUGUUAAUAGUGAUCCUGUUAAUAGUGGUCCUGUUAAUAGGGGCCCUGUCCACAGCUGUUGAUGCAUGUUAAUAAGGGCCCUGUCAACAGUUGUUGAUGUAUGUUAAUAGUGGUCCUGUUAAUAGGGGCCCUGUCCACAGCUGUUGAUGCAUGUUAAUAGUGAUCCUGUUAAUAGUGGUCCUGUUAAUAGGGGCCCUGUCAACAGCUGUUGAUGUAUGUUAAUAGUGGUCCUGUUAAUAGUGAUCCUGUUAAUAGUGGUCCUGUUAAUAGGGGCCCUGUCCACAGCUUAUUGAUGCAUGUUAAUAGGGGCCCUGUCAACAGUUGUUGAUGUAUGUUAAUAGUUGUCCUGUUAAUAAGGGUCCUGUUAAUAGGGGCCCUGUCCACAGUUGUUGAUGUAUGUUAAUAAGGGUCCUGUUACUAGGGGUCCUGUCAUAUGUUUUUUUAUGAGUAAGUGCUGUUUUGUUUUUGUUAUGAUUCUGCAAAUUUGUUAAAUUUAUAUGUCUAUCAAAACUGAAUAAACAAUGACAAAUG